AUGUCUGUCUAUGAGGGAAGACCAUUGGUGAUGGAAAUGGAAACCAAACAAGAUUUUGAAGAUGUAAGCGGAUAUGGAUGCGGGUGCGGAUUCUUCCGAGUUUUCACCUCGGAGUGGUGGCGACGCAACGACGAAGAAGGCAAACACCUACUAGAUGAAAAGAGUGAAGGAAUUAGAGGAGAAGAUACAUGGAUGAUGGAGAAGUUGAAGAAGAUGAAGGAAACAUCAGAAGUGAUUGCUGGUCCUAAGUGGAAAACAUUUAUUAGAAAAAUAAGUGGAUAUGGAAAAAAGCAACAAAAGAAUAAGUUUCAAUAUGAUGAACAUAGUUAUGCUCUUAAUUUCAAUAGUGGAGCACAAAGUGAAGAUGAAGAAUAUUUGCCUCCAAGUUUUUCAACCAGGUUUUCUAAUCCUUUUCCAGCUGCACGUCGCCAAAAUGAAACAUAA